CGUCAGUCACGUCAGUGAGUGGUUCUUGCUCGGUACUGAAGAAAAGAGAUAUUCUACCUGUACAGAUUGCUUUGGGGUAAGAGGAAGGAAAGAAAGGGAGGUCGGUAGCGACUGGAUUCUAUCAAGAUGUCGGCCUUGUUCAAUUUCCAGUCACUUCUGCUGGUGUUCCUGCUCAUCAUCUGCACGAGCACCUAUGCGCAUUCGAUGAUGCCGGGCAUCAUGGACCGCAAUCAGAGCGGCUUCUUUGGCAUCUUUUGGAAGUGCGCUCGAAUCGGCGAACGACUGAGCCCAUAUGUCAGCAUAUGCUGCGUGGUGAUGGCUGUCUCGAUCUUCUUCGGCGGCUGAUGGACUCGCCGUGUCUUCUUACGGUCUUGGAAUACCCAUGGUCAUUCUACCAGGCGGUGGCGUUACUGAAGCUUCUUUUUCCGUGUCUGUUCUGUUGCAGGGGCCCCUCAUGAUUAUUGAUCUGUAUAUCGUACAUAAAAUCUUACACUAUCCGGACACCAAUGCUCGACUGGAUUUGAUCCAAAACCACCGUAUUUACAUGACAGCGCUAGAGAUGCAAGGGAAGAAAAGAAACACACGGAAAACAGAUGGAAGGGUAUCUCAUGCGUUGGCCUUUAGA